AAGAUCCUUCGAAAGCCGAGCCAAUCGUUGUACUGUAUUUUAAACCGUAAUUAAUUAGCAAGCUUUGUAUCAGACCACUGAUAAUCUACGCACAAAUAUACGCUCCGUUAUUAUUACCGUGCAACACCUACAGAAGCAACAUUCCACGCCUCCAGCAUUAUGGGUGCCUGUGGACGACAUCCUGAUCACCGGACCGACUCCGUUUCUACCCAUCACGAAAAUCUAUACAAAAUGUCUCUGUAUCCUACUCUUGAGGAUAUGAAGGUAGAUCAUAUGAUGAAGGCACAACUACAAGCAGAAUCACAGUAUAAUGUUCCACCUAUAUCACAUGAAAAAUCUGCCCCUACUGCACCAGUUUAUAAUUCUUCUAUUCCAUUAUACCCCGCAUUGGGGGAAUAUAUGGGCUUGGAACUUACAGAGGAAAUGAUAGCACAAAAUAUGCCUGAGUAUUCCCUUGUACAUAAAUCAGAUAUGACAGUCAGCACCCCUGCAACAUCGGGGCCAUUAGCAGGUAUGGUUGCACCAUUGUCUGGACAGUCUUUGGGAUUACAGAGAGCUCAAGUUACAAAUGGAAUAAGGGAAUUGAUCCUCUGCAAAGAUAAAGAUGGUAAAAUUGGUGUAAGAGUACAUGCUGUAAAUAAUGGUAUCUUUGUGUGUCUUGUGAGCCAAAAUACUCCUGCUGCACUUGCUGGAUUAAGGUUUGGAGAUCAAAUUUUAAGUAUCAAUAAUGUUUCUGUUGCUGGAUACACUAUGGAACAAGUUCACAAAAUGUUACGAAAUGCUGACGUUAAUAACAUCCGAGUAGUGGUACGGGAUAGACCUUUCGAACGCACGAUAACUAUGCACAAAGACAGUACAGGAUACAUCGGGUUUCAGUUUAAGAACGGGAAGAUUAUUGCUUUAGUUAAAGAUUCUUCAGCUGCUAGAAAUGGUCUCUUAACCGAUCAUCAAAUACUUGAAGUUAAUGGGAAGAAUGUUAUUGGACUAAAGGAUAAAGAAAUUACGGCUGAAAUUGAAAAUGGCGGGAACAUAAUCACUGUGACGGUUAUUCCAUCGUACAUUUACGACCAUAUGGUUAAAAAAAUGAAUAGCAGCUUAUUAAAAACGUUGAUGGACCAUUCUGUGCCAGAUGUUUAAGACAGUAAAUUUCAAGCUAUGUUUAAGAUUGUGCAUUUUAUUACACUAGUGUCUAUGUGUGACACUUCAUAUUUUAUUACUAGUAAGAAAAAUUACAGGCAUAAAUAACAUACGUACGAAGUUAUGGAAUAUGUUUGCAGUAUUGGUUAAAAGUUUGGUUAAUGUCCUGUAUAACAGUUGUAGCUUACUUUUAUAGUAAGAGUUAAUGGAGAAGGUUUUUUGCCAUUUUUUAGAUGUUUUUACAUUCAAGUUGGUUUUUACAUUUAUAUAAUAUUGAUAUCUAAUGAAUAUUUCAUCAGUUGCAAUAUAGCUAUCAUUCAUAGUUAGAUCUAAGGUACUUUUGUUGGUUAAAUUAAAUACUACGAUACUGUUAGCGUCUUAUGAACUGAACAAUAUUCAUCAUUAUUCAUUAACACAACAUUAUUCAUCAACUAUGGUGAGUUUUUACAUUUGACUUACUCUAUGAUAUAGAUUUAUACGUAUUUAUUAAUACGUUCAAAGUAUUUAUACAAUCAAAACUUCCGAUUUACAUUGUAAAUAUCUAUACAUUUCUAUUGUUUCUUUGCACUAUUACGGUAUUUACUUUAUCAGGCCCAAUAUUUACGAUUAAUAAGUUUUAUACCGUUCUUUGUAAAUGUGCCAAUUCUAUGAAAUGUAAAUUAUGUAACUAAUCGUAGUCAUAAUAAAAUAUUGGGUACGAAAGUA